UCAUUAUAAUAAUAAUUGUUAAUAAUAUUAAAUAAACCUUGCAGCUGAGCAAUAGUUGGACUCUGUAGAGAAAAGAAGACACAAAGGAGUCUGCUGGAGCAUACUUCCUCCUACACAAGGUCAUUGCUGCAGAAUCUGGCGCACUAAAGCUGCAGCUCCGAUAAACACAUUUCUUGAACAACACAAAAUAAAACAAGAAAGCUUUAUAUUUCACAAGUUGAAAUACAGCACACUUAAAUUAUGUAAAUUUGGUGUCGUGCUGCUUUGGUAGAGUUGUAUUAGGAAGACAAAAUUUGCUGUUGGGGAGUACGUUUAGUGUCACUAGUUGUCUUCACAGCAGUCCACCAUGAUAAUAAAUGGUGUCAUAGAAGGUCCAGAUUGUAAAAUGUAAAGGAUGGAAGAGGAAAAAGCAGAGGAAAAGUACAUACUAAUACAAAGCUUUAAUACAAAAUGUUAACAUGCAUCAGCAAUUGCUACAUUUUAUUCUGAAUCAGAAUCAAAGAUAAUUUCUUGCAUUUUGAAUGGUUGGUAUUUACAGAAGUAUGGGCUCACCCAGGGUGCCAUUAAUUCAAGAAACAGCAGUUUUAUAUGAUUUAAAAAACUGCUUCUCAGGUUUACACUGAAUGGUCUGAAAAAUCAAAAUAUCCAGCAAGCAGCAGUUGUGUGAUUGAAAAUGUCGUAUUGAUGUUAGAAAAGAAUGUGAAGACUAGUUCAAGAUGCUAGAAAGACAACAGAAACUAAAAUGACAAAUGUUGCUUCCUCUAAUGACCAUUGAUCCCAGUAUUUCAAAUGCAACUAGUCAGGUGGGAAAUGGGUAGUGCUGCUGUCAGACACUUUUGGAGACCCUAGUAUCAACUGAUGUUUAAAUUCUUCAGACUACCUGUGUAUUUUUGCUCACUGUCUCCAUCCCUUUAUGAACACAGUGGCCAUCUUCUGAUGACUAUGUCUAGCAGGAUAAUGCACCGUGCCAGAAAGCUCAAAUCUUCUCAAACUGGUUCCACAAGCAUUUCAUUCCAAUGACUUCCACAGUAACCACAUCUCAAUCCAACUGGAAAUUGUUGGGACGUUUUGGAACUGGAGAUUCUUAUCAAGGAAGAGAAGCUGGUAAAUGUGAAGUAACUGACACCCUGCUGCAGCUAUGCAAUGAAGAUUCAGGAAGUUGUCAUGGCAAACAGAAAUCAAAGACGCUACUUGCAGGUUUUGAUGUUUUGAUUAUGUCAAGAAAAACUAACUAUGAAAGAAGGGCCUAUAAAUAAUUGGGCAUAUAGGCUAUGGCAGGUGCCAUCUGCUUGCCCUGACUAAGCUUCUGACACAUCACUUGUUAGUAAGACAGAUUUGGGCCUAUGGGGGCGACUUGUUACUAUGGCAGACACCAUGAAGCAGCGAUACCAGCUGUCACAAUCCAACACCUGCCAACCUGUGGUUUGGAUCAUAAAAAUAGUUCUUCAAUUUGUACUUGUAUGGUUUGGGUAUUUUCCUUUCUUUAAUGUAAGACCUUUUAUCUCUAUUCAGAGGAGUUUGAGUUCAUAUCCUCUGCAAACAUUAGAUCUGGAACAUUAUUGACUAAAACAAAACAAAUGAUUUCCCUGCUCAACAACAUGGUGUUCUGUGUGUUAACCGCUCUCUGUGUGCAUAAAUGGUACCAUACUGGCUCCAAAUGGUCACUGCAGCUAAUUUUAUCUGAACCUUUGGCAGAACCCAAGCCAACACUUUUUAAACUGGUUUCCAAGACAACGCCAACCAGUUGGACCAAUUAGAACAAAGGAGACCUAAGAAUUAAGCUGUGUGGAAAUCAGAAGAAAAGCAUUCUCAAAAUUAAUUCAACAAAUUAAAAAAAGUGUGCUUUGGACAAAGAAUGACCAACACUGUAUACACACACUCACCAUCUCUUUCUCCUUUUUUCUGCUCUUCUGCUGAUGCUGCACCAUCCACUGACUGCAAGAUGUUCAGUCCAGCUUCUAAAGGAUCCGCAGGGGACUCAAGGAUUGACAAGUCCACUUUGUCUGCACUGAAAGGACGGAAACAGGAACUGCUGAACAUCUCUAACGUCCCUCUGGGAGAAUGCCCCCCAUCGCCACCUCGCACAGCACCACCCAGCAUGAAGUCUGCAGACUUCUUCGAUAUGCUGGAAAAGAUGCAGGUCCCCAAAGCUGAAGACACCAAAAGAUGGAAGGAUGACUACAUCCCCUACCCACGGAUUGAAGAUGUCCUGGAGAAAGGUGGUCCAUACCCCCAGGUGAUCUUGCCCCAGUUUGGGGGUUACUGGAUCGAAGAUGCAGAGGCACCAGCAGGAACCCCUUCCUCCUCUGAGUCCAGUUUCUGUGAGGAAGAGGAUGGAGAUGAGGGCAUGAGCCCUGGCGGGGCGCAUAGCUACCGCCUGGAGUGUAACAGCACAGCUCGAGCCUACCGCAAACACUUCCUUGGCAAGGAGCACCUGAACUACUACUGCACGGGCAGCAGCAUAGGCAACCUCAUCAUGUCUCUGAAACACGAGGAGGCUCAGGGCCAGGAGUUUCUGCGCAUCAUGCUCAGAUCUCGGACCAAAACAGUUCACGACAGAAUCUCUUUAGCUGGCAUCAGUCAGCUGCCCAGUGUGCCUCAGAUUGCAAAGCUGCUGUGUGACGAUGCCACAGGACUGAGGUUCAGCCCAGUUCUCUACCCUCGGGGAUCCCAGCUGAUAGUGGCGUAUGACGAACAUGAGGUGAACAACACGUUCAAAUUCGGAGUCAUCUAUCAGAAAUUUGGACAGACAUCAGAGGAAGAGUUAUUCGGAAACAAUGAGGAGACGCCCGCUUUCAAGGAGUUCCUGAGCGUCUUAGGAGACAACAUUGAGCUCCAGGAUUUUAAAGGGUUCCGCGGAGGACUGGACGUUUCUCAUGGACAGACGGGAUCUGAAUCUGUCUACACUGUCUUCAGACACAGAGAGAUUUUGUUCCAUGUUUCCACUAAGCUUCCCUUCACCGAGGGUGACGUGCAGCAGCUCCAAAGGAAAAGACACAUUGGAAAUGAUAUUGUGGCUGCGGUCUUCCAGGAAGAGUCCACACCGUUUGUUCCCGACAUGAUCGCCUCCAACUUCCUGCACGCCUAUAUUCUGGUGCAGGUCGAGAACCCCUGUACAGAUCACACCACCUAUAAGGUGUCUGUUACAGCAAGAGAAGACGUUCCUCCUUUCGGGCCUCCGCUCCCAAACCCGCCCGUCUUCAAGAAGGGUCCUGAGUUCCGAGAAUUCCUGCUAACAAAGCUGAUCAAUGCCGAGAACGCCUGCUACAAAUCUGACAAAUUUGCCAAACUGGAGGGACGCACACGGGCCGCCCUGCUGGAUAACCUGCAUGACGAGCUGCACAGACAGAGCCAGGCGGUGCUGGGACUCGGGCAGAUUGGGGAGGAGGAUAAGCUGGAGAACGGCGGACACGGAGGUCUGCUCGAAUCGUUCAAGAGGGCCAUGCGCGUCAGGAGCCAUUCCAUGGAGACCGUGGUGGGUUCUCAUCGUCACCGGAGCCCCGGGGUGGCAGGUGGGGUCCCUUCCAGCCUCAGUGGCGGGGGAUUGCCACAAAGCACCAGUGAAUGCACAAAGAGCACCUUCACUCCUCCUGUUCUGUCAGCCAAAUCUCCUUUAAAGAGCCCAGUGAAACGGCGCUCAGGCCUCUUCCCACGUCUCCACUCCAGCACAGACGCUCCAUCAGACAAACACACACGCAGUGAUCAUAAACCAGCAGAGAUCUGCCAGCAUUCCCAAGAGGUGAGGUCAGAGACAUCAUCCAAUCCCAGCUCACCUGAGAUCUGCCCCAACAAAGAAAGGCCUUUCAUUAAGCACAAGGAGUGCAGCAGCGGCAGCAGCUGUAGGCCCAACAUCUCUCGCUCUUCGUCUAGCACCAGCAGCUUCAGCAGCACCACGGGGGAAACAGAAGCUCUGGAGGAGCUGGAGACAGUCAGUCAUCCGUCCAUCACAUCCACCUCUGCCUUCAGUCCCGCCCUGAGCAUCGACAGCCAGGGAUCGGGUACACCUGUCAUCAUGUGCCGCAGUCCAACAGAUGGAAAAGGGAAAACAUCACCCAGGUCAAGUUUGAAGUUCCGCUUUGACAAAAUGAGCCACUCAUCCACAGCUUCUGAGUAGAUUUGGGGAAGGAAAAAGCAUCAGACUUCCUCAGUGAAGAAGCAGCGUGAUUCUGAGGAAGUUGACUAAAUCACAACAUCACCAGAAAAGUAAAACAUUUGUGCAGCCUUUUCUUAUAACCAUAAGCAAAAGGCUAAUCUGACUAGAGCUGCACAGGAGAUCCUGCACACCAUAGACAUACUGAUAUAACUGUGAGUGUAAUUGAAGAAAAGCAGCUCAUACACGUUCACUGUCUUUGAAGCAACUUUUAGCUGCUUGAAUCUAGCUGCAGCAUAACUCUUGUUGUUCCUAUCACUUGACGGUCUUGGCAUGGCUGUAAAACUGUGAGUGUAGGGCAGGCUGUAGACUGCGCCUCAGCUUUUUCUUAGACACCAUCUUUCAAACAAGUGUACAAGUUUAUGGCCGAACUGUUAGUCCUCAUCCAGCCAACUGUUGAGCACUCUGUGGAACCAACGACAGACCGCAGGAUGUUCCUUUACCUUUACCCUUCAAUGGUAUGUCUGCAAGCAGUUCCUCUUGUGCUUUGAGAAAAGAAACAGUGAGCAGAGACUCUCCCACAUUCACAAAGACCUAAUGUAUAGUCUACUUACAGUAGCAAAGCCUUGUGGAACUGUGGAGCCUGAACUUCUUCGUUAUGAAUAUUAACGCUUUUUUAGAAAACAGCUAUGAUUUUUGGAGACACUUUUGUAACCUUGGUACCCAUUGCAUUGUGUCCACAGCACUCUAAAGAUGUCUCCCAGCAUUUAUAUAUCUGUCGGGGCGAUCCACGACACCCUGGUUAGACACAGUAGGAGACACUGCCAGCACAUUUUAGCCACAAGCUUAUUUUAGCCCAAGCUGCACCUUACAAUCUCUCCAAAGCCCUUUUUUCUCUGCUUGUGUGUUCAAUCUCUCACCGUGUGAGAGGAUGACAAGUUCCUGGAUCUGGUUACAGCACAGCUUGUGGGAAGCCAAACUACACCCACAUUUUCUGAAGGGGACAAAAAGACGUUGCACUUACUAAAAAACAUUUCACCUCCGUGUACCUUCCAUUGAAGCUUGCUAGCUCGGUGUAUCAGCAUACUUGCUCUGUGGUGCUUGUUUUUGGGGGGUAUUUUUAGCAGGGAAGUUUGCCAGUGAGGGAAUCGUUGAAGUCGACUUGAAAAAUAUGCUCCACCAGGCCUUUGAACCACCUUUUAUAGAAAUUACUUUUAAUGUGAAUUACAGUCUUGUCAUUUGCGUUUAAUGCCAUCGUAGCUAUGGUUUCAAACCCUUAAGUUGCAAAGACAGUUUCUCUCAAGCACAACGGGGCCAUGAAUCUUCUGUGAUUGUCAGCUAGCUAUCGACAUGUUAAGAGUGUUUUUAAUGUGACCAAACUAGAAAGUGUUUGGAUGAAUAUUGUGUUUUACUGCACAGGAAACUAUUGGUGAAGUUGAAGAUGGCUUAGCAAACUAAAGUUUCAAAGUUCACACACAUUGCAAAUGUCCUCGUUUAUUGAGUUUUAACAUCUUGGGAAGUUGCUCUGGAUGAAGUUACUUGAAAUGUAUGUUUUAAUAUGCCUAGACUAGCACAUAAUUUUGAAAUGGGAUAGGCCACCAAUUACCUCGUGUAAGGAGAGCAGGGACAGAAGAAACAGGAAGUUCUGUUUAUCAUUUUAUUUGUAGCGGUAUUGCCCAAAAAUGUCCUGCAGCCUUUUUCUCUGUUGACAUGCUUAAUUUAUUAUAUUAACUUCUUUUGCAUUGAUGUCAUGUACAAACAAAUCACUGCAGAAUAUGCUAAUUAAUUAAAGCAAAAUUAUAAAAUGAAGAUAUAUUAAUUUAAGAAAUGUCUAAAUAACGUAUAUGUAUAUUUGGUUAUGUAAUGUGCCACUGAGAAUUUAUUCUACAAUAAAAUGUUGUAUUUUGUGCCA